CAGGAAGUGGGUAAACGAGAAGACAAGGAGGGGGAAGCCUGAGCCAAGGAAAUUAAAUACUCGGCGGAGUGGUCGGUUUAUAUCGGAAAGCGGCUUUGACUUCGGGAAAGGCGAUCUGCCGAGGGGGCGCGGUGGCAGCCCUUUGGGCCCCUCCCCUCCUUCCUGGGUUUCUUCGCUGCUGCCGCCGGAUCCCGGCUCCGCCCCGCCCCCGUUGCUGGGAGGGCUGGUCUGGGUCGUUGGCGCGCCCCCUUCGGGGUAGACGCUAGGCCUAGCUGGAACCAGAGGGUUUGAAACAAAACUUCAGACAGGAAUCCUUGGCACCUGACACAAUGGAGACGGAAAGUGAGCAGAAUUCAAAUUCAGCCAGUGGCAGCUCAGGCUCUGGUGGAAGCACUCGCCCUCAGAUAUCACAAAUGACACUCUAUGAGCGGCAGGCAGUGCAGGCCCUUCAAGCACUACAGCGACAACCCAAUGCAGCCCAAUACUUUCAUCAAUUUAUGCUUCAACAACAGCUCAAUAGUGCUCAACUUCACAGUCUGGCUGCAGUCCAGCAGGCCACAAUUGCAGCCAGCAGACAGGCAGGCUCUCCAAACACAAGCUCCCCUCAGCAGACAGCCACCACACAGGCUUCAAUUAAUCUGGCUACCACAUCAGCUGCACAAUUAAUCAGUCGCUCACAAAGCGUGAGUUCACCUGGUGCCACAACACUGACACAAUCAGUCCUUCUAGGGAACACCACUUCACCACCUCUUAACCAGUCACAAGCUCAAAUGUAUCUUCGGCCGCAGCUGGGGAAUCUGUUGCAGGUGAACCGGACUUUGGGCCGCAAUGUACCUCUUACUUCCCAGCUCAUCUUGAUGCCAAAUGGGGCUGUGGCUGCUGUUCAGCAGGAAUCACCUUCCACUCAUGCUCCUGGGGUCCAAACAGACACAGACCAGGUGCAGAAUUUGGCUGUCAGGAGCCAGCAGACUUCAGUAGCUAAUGCAUCACUCCAAGCUUCUACUCCAAAGGCUACUUUGCCAGGGAAUUCCCAGUCUUCAGUAAUACCCCAAGCUGCUCAUGCUGGCCAGACUUUGACAGUAACACAAGCAUCUUCUGGCAAUGUAGCCCAGUCACUCAAUCUCACCCAAGGUGCAGCAGGAAGUAAUGGCAUUUCUGGAGGCAUGGUCUCGUCAGUAGGGAGUCAUGCUACCACUGGGUUGAAUCAAUCAACUUCAUCUGGCCCAGGAUCCAACUACCAAAGGAAAGGCACUGGUGUAGUUCAGCCUUUACCAGUACCUUCUGCUCCCCAGGCAGUGACUGUGAGCCAAGGAAGUCAGACAGAGGCAGACAGUGUGGCAGCAAAGAAGGCUGAAGGUGAUGGUAAUGGGCAACAGACUGUGGGCAUGAAUCUGACCAGAACAGCUACACCAGCCCCAAGCCAAACUUUGAUCAGUUCUGCCACGUAUACCCAAAUCCAGCCUCAUUCACUGAUCCAGCAACAGCAGCAAAUUCACCUCCAGAAGCAAGUGGUGAUCCAGCAACAAAUUGCUAUCCAUCACCAGCAGCCAUUCCAGCAUCGUCAGUCCCAACUCCUGCACACUGCUACACAUCUCCAGCUGGCCCAGCAGCAGCAGCAAGCUUCACCUAUGACCCAACAGCAGCAGGGGCCACCACAAGUUUCACAACAGGCCACAUCUCUUCAUGGCCAACAGCAAGCCCAAACUCUUGUUGUCCAGCCCAUGUUGCAGUCACAACUUCAGCCAGUGCAGCUCCAGCAGGACAGUCAUUGCCAGACGGUCACUAAGACUUCUGUCUCUAUUCAAUCCAAGCCUCCUAUAGCCCCUCUGAAACCCCCACAAAUUGGUGCUGCCAAAAUGUCAGCCUCCCAGCAGCCUCCACCUCAUAUACCAGUACAGGUGGUAGGAAAUCGCCAGCAAGGUUCAGCUCAGGCUCAGGCAUUAGGACUUUCUCAGAUGAACACAGCUGUGCAGCCCCCCCGGGGUGUGCCAGCUUUAGUGCAGCCAGUAUCCCAAGCCCAUACAGCAUCCUCAUUAGCACAGAUCUCUUCCUCUUCUUCUUCCUCUUCUUCGGUAUCAUCAUCACCACCACCACCUCUACAAGAAGCCCUUCCUCCGCUCACUGCUGGAGCCAAUGUAGCACAGGGCACAGCGCAGAGUAAGCCCCAGGCUUUGGCAAUCAAGCGCAAGGCAGAAUCUGAAGAGGAGAGAGAGGAUUGUAGUGCACCAUCUUUACAGGCUGUCAGAUCUUCUCCUGUGGCUGAGAGCCCCAAAAUCACAGAAGAUAAGGUUGGCCUUGGAGAGAAGACUGACUCCACCAGUAGUUCUCUAAAUGCAUCCCCAAGUGACCCCAACUCUGCAAAUCCAACAAUUUCUUCUGUUCCUACACUGGCUGUGUUGUCACGUCAGACUGGAGAUUCCAAACCUCCACAAGCCAUCGUCAAGCCUCAGAUUCUUACACAUAUCAUAGAGGGCUUUGUCAUUCAAGAAGGGGCAGAGCCUUUCCCGGUGGGAUACUCUCAGUUCCUUAAAGACUUUGAAAAGCCUCUUCAAGGGGCCACUCCUUCUAGGCAGUCUACCAACCAACCCAGCAACUCUCCUGGAGUAGAAAGUUUAACAGUUGAUCAAGACAAGAAAGGAAACUUGCUGAAAUGUGAGUUCUGUGGCAAAUAUGGCCCUGCCAGUCAGUUCCGUGGUUCCAAGAGGUUCUGUUCUGUAACAUGUGCAAAAAGAUAUAAUGUGAGCUGUAGCCACCAAAUACGUCUGCAAAGGAAAAAAAUAAAAGAGCUCCAAGAAGCAAACUAUGCUCGUCGUAGACGUGGACCCCGGCGCAACAGCUCUGAGAUUGCUCGAGCCAAAAUCCAGGGCAAGCAUCACCAGGGCCAAGAAGAUUCAAGCAGAGGAUCUGAUAAUUCUAGUUAUGAUGAAACCCUCUCCCCCACAUCACCGGGACCUCUUUCAGUGAGAACUAGUCAUGGAGAGCGAGACCUUGUCAAUUCCAGCAUGACUCAGCCCAUUUCUGACUUGCAUGGUAUCAAUCCAGUUUUCCUAUCCAGCAAUCCUAGCCUCUGGAGUGUGGAAGAAGUAUAUGAGUUCAUUGCAUCCCUACAAGGCUGCCAGGAGAUUGCAGAGGAAUUUCGCUCCCAGGAGAUAGAUGGCCAGGCCUUGCUUCUGCUAAAAGAAGAACAUCUCAUGAGUGCCAUGAAUAUCAAAUUGGGUCCAGCUCUCAAAAUCUGUGCCAAAAUCAACAUUCUUAAAGAGACCUAACACUGGAAUGCAGAUUUUCUUUCUUUCCUAGCUAUAAUGAAUACACUAAAUGUAAGAAAAAAAUUCUUUCAAAAGCCUGUGUCAUGGUGAUACUUGGGGAGGAAUAACUCCCUUGGAGGCCUUGAAACAUCUCAUCAAAAGCAUAGAAUAUCUUCUGCUGUGCUAUGAAUUGUUCCUGAUGGAAAAAGGCAAAAAAAAGUUCUACGCUGCAGCUGCUGUGAAUCCUUCCUGUCAAGUUGCUGGAUUCUCAUAUUUUUCUCCCAGUAGAAUCGUUCUUUCCACAUGGUUUCAAUUUUCAGGGGACCAAUUGGUACUGAAUCUUUUCUCUUGCUAAAGGCUUGUUUGGAACAGUAAAGAAAUUAGUUUUAAAUGACAUCUUUUCUAAUUGAAGUGUUGAUUGAAGGUAAGUAGUAAAUUGAUUUCAUAUAGAAUACUGGAAUGAACGUUAAUUGAACAUUAAAGACUAGAGCUGGCCCAGGUCUAAUGGGACCCUCCAGAAGACAUUAUUUCUGAUACCACCAUCAGAGGGUUUAAAUAUUAAUUCCACUUGUGUCUCUUGUGGUGUUUGGAGAAAAAUUACUCAAGAGCCAAAGGAGAAUCCAACGCUAUUGAAGCUCCAAGUGUUUCAUCCUGCUUUUAAAAAAACUGUCUUCUUUGGGUUUUGUAUUUUACCCUUUCCCUUACGAGAGAGCAUAUGGGACAAACUUUCUGCUAUCAGGUUUGUAUCUUCUGUCCAAAGCCUGUUUAUUUUUGUUUAUUAAGCAAAUUAUUCAGUAAAAGGAAUGCUUCAUAAACAUUAUUGCAAUCUU